AUGUUUGUCCCCUCCAAAGCCACUGUGACUUUGACUUCGAAGGACGAAGAACGAGGAACUGUAGCUGCUGUGCAGCCUUCAAUAACAGCGUCUCUUCCAGCCACAACAAGUCUCAAGGAAGUGCGAGAGGAGCCGCGGUGGCGCCAAGUCGAGGUCGCUGACGACGUGUGCGUUCAGCAACAGCGAGCCAGAUCGGUGCCAUCGUCCCCGCUGACGUUACCGCACCUGUUCCUGCCAAACCGCGGGGCAGUGACUCUGGGCAACUGCACGCCGAGAAGGGUCGCGGGAUCUGGUGAAGGCGGUGCGAGCACGAACGUCACCCCCAUCAACGUGAUUGAAUGUGUUGGACCCGCUGGCAACUGCAAGGACAGUGGACUUCCCCACUCCUCCUAUAGCUCCCGCGAAGUGAGCUUGUUGUCAUUCGUUGAGAGUGGCGAGGACGACCGGGACGACCGCGGCAGCAACUGGGACCGCAUAGGCGCCUUCGACAUCACAAUGCCGGCGACCUUGCGCCCAUCGACCUGUCGCACGACCGCUGGCCUGACCACCGAUCGCACGAGGGGAAGCAGCAGAGGCAGCAGCCCGUACGCGCAUGCUAGAUAUGUGCUGCAGGAGCAGGAGAAGGGCUCGUCAGGUGCAGACACAGCUGCGACCCCCGAAGCGGGAAUGACCCCGCCUUCCCCAGUCUCCUCCUCGUCCGUCUCGUCGUACGAUCUACCUAGCGUGGUGAGAUGCAGGAGCAGCCCAGCGCGACAGCGCUCUUGUAAAUGCCUACACCCCGCUGAUCUCGCGUGCGCUGAUUGCGGUCGAUGCACUGGACUGCUGAUGUACACCAAUACGCUGACGAUAACGCCAUCUACCGGUCUUCUCUCCCCUUACACGACCUACUUUGAGGACCACAGGGUCGUGCCCGUCAGUGACACGAGCGGAGACCGCUCGCUGUGUCUUUGUCCGCGCCGAUACCUCGGCGACAGUAGCUGCAGCCCACACGAAUUCUGGACCAUGGCACCGCGGCUUCGUGGUGUCAACGAGGUCCUGCUACAGAGGGCAUCAGUGUCCGACGAGCCCCAGUUGUUUCACCAGGCGCUCGCUGCCUUUCAACUGUGGGACGCCCUACUGCGCCUGGAGCUGCACGGAAACAGCGCAGGUGGGACGUACAUGGUGCGACUUGCAGAGCUGUCACUCCCAGUCUCGUCUUCGCCGUCGCCGUCGCCCUCAUCCUCAUCGGUGGCUGUGACUUCUUCCACGACCAACGGUGGCAGCAGUGGCGCGGUGGUGGCCGUGUUCAAGCCAUGUGACGAGGAAAUCGGUCAGGAGAGCAACCCACAUGCGAAUCGCGAAAGUGACCGCACGGAGACGUUUGCUCCCGGCAGCGGCAGCCGACGUGAGGUGCUCGCGUACCGCCUCGAUCACGGACACAACGCCGGGGUGCCACCGACGCUGGAGGUGAUGUCGGUCUACUGGACUGGGGUGGGUGCGAGAGCAGCCAGCUGGGCUGAGGGUAAUGGCGCUGCUACCACAAACGGCAGCCUUCAUGGUCAUCGCACAGAUGAGAUGGAUUGGCAAGGUAGCGGUGUUGUCGAUGGCGACAGCAGCGUCGCUCGAACAACAGCAUUCACGCGCCCGCAGAUUGGCAGUCUGCAGUUAUUUGUGCCCGGCUGUGAAGAAGCCGCGGACAUUCUUCCCGGCCACUUCGACGUCGACGAGGUGCAUGCGCUUGCCAUCUUCGACAUCCGCACCCUAAAUGGCGACCGACACGGCGGCAACGUACUUGUGCACAACUAUCGCAACCGCUGCGACGGACGCAGACCUAGCAUGGCAUGCCUCCCGCGGUGCUCCAGUCUAGGUAGCGCAGCGGAGAGUGACGGGGCUUCAUCGUCGCCUUUUGUGUCUUCGAUAGUGACCCGAUUAUCGCCUGAGGUGCCUGCAACCUUCACCACAGCCAAGGUCGGUGUUCCGCACUUGAUCCCCAUCGACCACAGCUAUAUAUGUCCAUCCGGCUACGCCGAUCCGGACUACGAGUGGCUGUCGUGGCCACAAGCCAAGAAGCCAUUCUCAGCACGCAAUCUGGCCUACAUUGCCUCCCUGGAUGCAGUGGCAGAUGCGGAGCUGGUGCGAUCAGCGCUCCUCGCAGAGGACGCUGUCCGUACCUACGAUAUGUCGACGAGUCGGGCAAGCGCUGGCUACCAUGAUGUUGGGGUGGAGGAGGUGCGCAACGACGCUGCCGCUUCCCCCGCUCAUGCAAUGCCCUCCGCCUGGUCGUCCUCGUCCUCCUCUACUGUAUCCUUUCAAGCGUUGCAUGUCGGAUCACGCGAACGUGUCUCCGCCUCUGCUAUAUACGACAGGGACGCGGCCAAAGCGGCGGCGGAGGUGAUGCAAUGCACGACGCGCCUGUUGCAGAUCGCUGCCCUUGAGUUUCACAUGACGGCUUACGAGAUUGGGACUCUGUGCCGGCGCCCACGCAUCGCGCAGGCGUCGCUGCUGGAGGAAGUCCUCGAGAAGGCGAGGGAUGAGCUGACAUGGGAGCCGGUCUGGUCCAGGUUCGAUGACGUUGUUCGGCAGCGUCUCGCUUGCCGCAACGGGCCUGGCUAA